AUGCAACGAAUUUUUGAAAGGUUUCGGAAUGAAGCAGAAAUCCUUGCAACGGAAUUGAAUGCUGAGGUUGAGAUUGUCGUCAAAUACUCAUUCAAAGGAAAACCUGAAAUAUCAUCCAUUUUUCCAAAUGAACGCAGAAGGUGGAAAAUUACAACACGUGAUGUACUGGAUAACAAGGGCUCACAGAAACAAAAUUCACAGAAACCACUAAUAGAAUCAUCUGCAACUUAUGUACAAAUCCGGAACCCAGGAAGCCGGCCACCACCGCUUAGCACUGAAAAUAGGAAAAAGAUUCCAGAACCAAAAAGUCGAAGAAGUCCUGCAGAACCUUCUUCAGGCCAAACCCUACCUAGGGCUUUUAAGUCUGCUGCUAUUACUAAUGUUAUUAUCCCAUUUUCGGCAGCACCAAUUAAGGACACUCAAUAG